AUUAUUUCGUCACAGCUCUCGUUUAAAAUUCAUAAGUAGAUGAAAAAUCCCCAGACAAAAAAAGAGAGGCGCUCUCAUCGAUUACACGAACUGUGUCUCCUCUACCAGUUCUCUUCGACAAAAUCGAAUACCAAGAGGAGGAGAGAUACGGUUUGAAUUAUAUAUAUAUUUCUAAAAUUGAGCGAGAGAUUAAAAAAAGAUGGGAGGGAUGAAGUGGCGCAACUGCUGCUGAACGAGAAAUUAGGGUUCUUCUGGUUCUCUAUCCGCGAUAACCGGAGCCUCUCGCUCUAAUCGUACUCAAUUUGCUCUGAUUUUCGAGCAUUGGUUUCUAGGGUUCGAUCGUCUUUUCGGAAAGCUACAAACUUUUGAUUUCGCCAGUGAAGAAGGUUAAGAACUACUGUUCUGGAUAAUGGAAGAAGCAGCAGGAGGAGAUGAAGGCUUAGAAUUCAAGUGGGGGAAACAGAAAGGAAUUGGUGGCAAAAAGAAAGACGUCCGCUUCUACGAGUCUUUCACCUUUGACGGUGAUGAAUACCGUCUUUACGACUGCGUCUUAGUCCCCGACCCCAACGAGCCGGACUCUGAUGAACUCUUUGUUGGCAAGAUCAUUAAAAUUUGGGAACACACUAAUAAGCGUGCAAAGCACCCGAGGCAAGUCAAGCUUCUCUGGUUCUUUAAACCUUCUGAGAUGCCGCCAGGUGUAGUUGAAGGACUCCCGGAUUUGCUUGCAAACGAACUGUUUUUGGCUUCGGGUGAAGGUCCAGGCCUCGCUAGUGUCAACCCAUUGGAAGCAAUUUGUGGAAAGUGCUCUGUUCUGUGCAUUUCAAAGGACGAAAGGAAUCCACAACCAACAGAUGAGGAAAUCAAGUCAACAGACUUUGUAUUUCGCCGAGCAUUUGAUGUUGGAAGCUGUAAAGUUUUGGAUACGAUAGAUGAUAAAGUCGCUGGAGUUGACGUUAAAUCUAUCUUUAACAGAGCGGGUAGUACUAGUAAGAAAGAAGCAACUCCUCCUGUACUGAAAAUUCAAUUAGACGUAAAUGGAAGUGCAGAUAGUUUGACACCAAAUGGUCUUUCAGCUUGUGGUUCGGUUCGGAGUACUGAAGAUAACUCUAAUGAAUCUUCUGACUGUAGAGAAAGCAGUUCUGGUCGCAGAGAAGGGAAAGAAAAAUUUGCAGAUGAAAGUUCUAACAAGGAUCCUAGUGUGCAGCAAAGCACUAGUGAACAUGUCUCUAGUGAAGCUUCUGGCUCUAGGGGAGAUCACUAUGACGGCAACGCUCAAGAAAGUGAAGUUAGGAAACAGUUUACUAAACAAAAAUCUAUGCCUGCAGAAGAAAGAGAUAGCAACAGUUGUGAAGCUUCUGGCUCUAAGAAACCAUUGACUAAACAAAACUCUAUGCCAGAGAGAAAUAGCAAAGAGUCAAAUGGAUUGGAUGAGAGGCCUCAAAAGAAACAGAAAUCUGUUACAGUAUCAAAUGGACGCAGUACAAACAUUUUGCAGCAGAGCGUUAGUUCUGAUGGUAGAAGAGAUACAGAUGUUUUUAAGAGACCUAGAGAGAAAGUGACUGGAGGUGAAGACUCUACCGAGGAGCCCAGUUUCGUUAAGAAGAAACGAGAUCUUGGGGUGUCAGUCUCUGAAGGAAAAGAUGCAAAAACUGGAACUGAGAAAGGUUUAUUCAAGAAACCAAGCUUUGAUGGUAAGCUAUUAAAACGCGCUGAGGACAAGAUGGUGGAAAUUGAUUACAAAAGAAAUUAUCAAGUAACUGAAGUGACCCCAAAGCCAGAUGCUGUAAACAGCAAAUGGUUUCGACCUCUUCCUUGGGAAGAAAGCAUGAGGGAGGCAGAGAAGGAAGAGAAACUGGUUCUCCUUCAAAACUUGGAUCCUACUUAUACAUCUGAGGAAGUACAGGAUAUAGUCUAUUCUGCUUUGAAUGAGCAAUGUACAGCGAGGAUGAUAGAGCGUACAUCAGUCUCUUUUUCUCAUAUUGGUGAAGCUUUGGUCAUUUUCAAUUCAAGACAAGCUGCAGUAAGAGCGAUAAGGAGACUUGAUGAGGGAUGCUUGUUGCUAUCUAAUGGGAGGCCCCUUGUUGCUGCGUUCGCAAAGAUUAAUCCUCCUGGGAAGCCGUUGUCAUCGUUCUGCGGCCAUAUCAAACUACAGAAAACUCAAGUGCGACGAGAGACGAGAGAUUCAGUGUCUACAUCGCGUGGUUCUCAGCCGAACACCCUUGAAUUUGAAAUGGGAAUGGAGUGGCGGUUGCUCCGAGCCAGAUCUGACCAUGCCCUUGAAACUGUAUCUAAGCGGCAAUUGGAGGAGAGAAAGACGCAGCGGAUUAACUUCAAGCCUAAACUCCCUUAGCUUCAUACAAUGAUCUUGUGUUUUCUCAAGACAGUGACUAGAGAAUCUUACUAGGAAGAAUGUGUCUUCUUGCCAUCGAAUCCACCAACUUCGAUACGGAUACAUGCUGAUGCGGCUUCUUUUCUCAAUCUGACUACCCCUUGGGUAUAGUUUAAGGGAGUUACUUUGAGUUGUAAAAUUCAGAUUUUUGUGACUGGUAGGCUUUUCACAAAUUCCAUGUAAGAUUACUCGUGAUUAGUUAACUUAUUUCAUUUGACUAA